AUGCUGCUGCUGCUGCUGCCCCAGCUUCCCCCUCGAAGUAUCCCAGUUGUCGGUGCAUCUCCUACUGCUGCCUCAGCAACCUGGUCUCCGCCGCCCAGGCCUCGCUGCUGCUGCUGCGUCAGCCUCCUUGUCUCCGCAUCCCAGUUGUUGGUGCAUCUGCUGCUGCUGCCUCGGCCACCUGGCCUCCACCUCCCAGGGCUCGCUGCUGCUGCUGCUGCUGCUGCUGCCUCGGCCUACCGGUCGCCGCAUCACAGUCGUCGUGGCAUCUGCUGCUGCUGCCUCAGCCACCUGGUCUCCGCCUCCCAGGGCUUGCUGCUGCUGCUGCUGCAAACUCCGCUUCCUGGUCGCCGCCUCCCAGUCGUCGGUGUUUCUGCUGCUGUUGCCUCAGCCACCUGGUCUACGCCUCAUAGUGCUCGCUGCUGCUGCUUCGGCCUGCCGGUCGCCGCAUCCCAGACGUCGGUGCAUCUGCUGCUGCUACCUCAGCCACCAGCACUCCACCUCCCAGGUCUCGCUGCUGUUGCUGCUUCCGCCUCCUGGUCGCUGCCUCCCAGUCGCCGGUGCUUCUGCUGCUGCUGCCUCGGCCAUCUGGUCUCCGCCUCCCAGGGCUUGCUGCUGCUGCUGCUGCAACCUCCGCUUCCUGGUCGCCGCCUCCCAGUCGUCGGUGUUUCUGCUGCUGCUGCCUCAGCCACCUGGUCCCCGCCUCCCAGGGCUCGUUGCUGCUGGUGCUGCUGCCUCAACCUCCUGGUCUCUGCCUCCCAGGGUUCGCUGCUGCUGCUGCAGCUGCCUCGGCCUCCCAGUCGCCGUAUCCCAGUUGUCGGUGCAUCUGCUGCUGCUACCUCAGCCACCUGGUCUCCGCCUCCCGGGGCUCGCUGCUGCUGCCGCUGCUGCCUCCGCCUCCUGGUCGCCGCCUCCCAGUCGUCCGUGCUUCUGCUGCUGCUACCUCAGCCACCUGCUCUCCUCCACCCAGGUCUCGCUGCUGCUGCUGCUUCCGCCUCCUGGUCGUUGCCUCCCAGUCGUCGGUGCUUCUGCUACGGCUGCCUCAGCCACCUGGUCUCCGCAUCCUGGUGCUCGCUGCUGCUGUUGCUGUUGCCUGAGCCUCCCGGUCGCCGCUUCCCAGUCAUCGGUGCAUUUGCUGCUGCUGCCUCAGCCACCUGUUCUCCGCCUCCCAGGGCUCGAUGCUGCUGCUGCUGCUGCCCAGCUUCCUGCUCGCCGUAUCCCAGUCGUCGGUGCAUCUGCUACUGCUGCCUCAGCCACCUGGUCUCCGCCUCCCAGGGCUCGAAGCUGCUGCUGCUGCUGCCUCGGCCUCCCGCUCGCUGCAUCCUAGAAGUCGGUGUUUCUGCUGCUGCUGCCCGAGCCAGCUGGUCUCCACCUCCCAGGGCUCGCUGCUGCUGCUGUCUUGGACUCCCGGUCGCCGCAUCCGAGUAG